GGGAGAGAGUUUUCUCCCGUCUCAUCCUGACAUUCACACUCCCUCCCCGCCUCUCUGUAAACCCUAGUUCCGAAACAGAGAAACUACCCAAAUCAACUCCCAUUUCCCGCCUCAAGUCACCCGCUCUCUCUCUCUCUCUCUCUCUCUCCAAUGGCACCAGACAAGAAGAAGAAGCGUCGCCGUAACGAUGACUCCUCCGACUCCGAUUCCGAGGCCCCCGCCGCCAGGUCGUCGUCUCUCCCAUUCAAGAAACAACUCAAGUCCGACGCCACCAUUCUCUCUUCCCUCAAGUCCCUGACCGCCAAAACCGCCCCCUCCACUUCAACCUCAUCCUCCUCCAAAGCGCUAACCCUAGCCGACCUCUCCCUCGCCGCCGCCUGCCGCGAGGUCGCCGAUCUCCCUCUCUCCGCCGUCCAGUCCUCCAUCGAGUCCCUCAUCCUCUCCCUCGCCCACUCCAUCCUCUCCGGCAACGGCUUCUCCUUCUCCGUCCCCUCCCGCUCCUCCGCCAACCAGCUCUACGUCCCGGAGCUCGACCGUAUCGUUCUCAAGGACAAAUCCUCGCUCCGCCCCUACGCCUCCGUCGCCACCGUCCGGAAAACCACCAUCACCGCCCGCAUCCUCCAACUCGUUCACCAGCUCUGCCUCAAGAGCAUCCACGUCACUAAGCGUGACCUCUUCUACACCGACGUCAAGCUCUUCCAGGACCAGACUCAAUCCGACGCCGUACUCGACGAUGUCUCCUGCAUCCUCGGCUGCACGCGGUCCAGUCUUAACGUUAUCGCCGCCGAGAAAGGCGUCGUCGUCGGCCGCCUCAUUUUCAGCGACAACGGCGAUAUGAUCGAUUGCACCAAAAUGGGGAUGGGCGGGAAGGCAAUCCCGCCCAACAUUGACCGCGUCGGUGAUAUGCAGAGCGAUGCUGUGUUCAUAUUGCUGGUGGAGAAAGAUGCGGCCUAUAUGAGGCUGGCGGAGGAUCGAUUCUACAACCGAUUUCCGUGCAUAAUCGUGACGGCCAAAGGGCAACCAGAUGUGGCAACGAGACUGUUCUUAAGGAAGAUGAAGAUGGAGUUGAAAUUGCCAGUAUUGGCGCUUGUGGACAGUGAUCCUUAUGGGCUAAAGAUACUGUCAGUUUAUGGCUGUGGAUCGAAGAACAUGUCCUAUGACAGUGCGAAUUUAACAACGCCAGAUAUCAAAUGGUUGGGAAUUAGGCCAAGUGAUUUGGACAAGUACAAGAUACCAGAGCAGUGCAGGUUGCCGAUGACAGAGCAGGAUAUUAAGACCGGGAAAGACUUGUUGGAGGAGGAUUUUGUGAAGAAGAAUCCGGGAUGGGUCGAGGAGCUGAGUUUGAUGGUGAAGACAAAGCAGAAGGCGGAAAUUCAGGCGCUCAGCUCGUUCGGGUUUCAGUACCUGUCAGAGGUUUACUUGCCAUUGAAGCUGCAGCAGAAGGAUUGGCUUUGAGAGCUGUUCAUGUGUAAGAGUAAAAUUAAGAGGGCACGGCAAUGGUAAUUCUUGCAUUUCCUGUUCUCUGCUGGGAAGUUUGUUGCGUAGUGCUGAAACUUCACUGUGUUCGGGUUCAAUGUCGCGAUGGCAAUUGAAUUUCAAUGGAUGAUGGUAAGCCAUAUGGUUGCAUUGAACUAAAUAAAGUUUAUGCUACGGAGUAAGUUGUGCUCAAUUUAAGCUUGUGAUUUGCAGUAUGGUGGAAAUGUUCUUUGAUUGAUCCCUUGUUUUGACAGUGUGUUGUGUUGUGGGUGGGGGAGAGGGGAUGGCAUGGCGAUAGAGAGACAAUAGUAAUUAGGAUGCUUAAUUAGGAUGCUCCCGAAAUCUUAGUAGACUCCGAACCAAUCUAAACCAAUGUGAUUAGUUUAAUGUUAUUCGAAUUAUUUUCCUACUCGGUUCAUUUUCGAUUUCAUUGUUUCUUAAAACUGAUUGACGUUCGGACGGACGGACUUAGACCAUUAGACUCACAAACUUAACCCAAGUUAUUGUAUACAAUAUCAAGAUUUUAGUGUUUAUUAAUAUGUUUUUUUGC